AUGAAUGAUCCCUGUAAGGGUGAAUGGUUCUUAACCUAUUUAUAUGAUACUCCUUAUAAAGAGAACCAAGAAGAGCAAUGGGACUACAUUAGAGACCUUAGUGAAGUUGUCAAUAUCCCUUGGGCGGUUAUAGGGGAUCUAAACAUAACUCUUAAUCCUGAUGAAAAAUUAAAUCAUGCUUUCUCUUUGAGUAGUAGUAGUAUUACUCAUAAACUUAGAGAAGCAGAUCUUUCAUAUUUAGGAUUUAGUGAAAACCCUUUUACCUGGACUAGUAAUAAGCAUGGAACUGGUAGAAUCAAAAUUAGACUAGAUAGGGCCUUAAUUAACAGUGAAUGGUUUUUGAAAUACCCUGACUCUAGUUUAUCUCAUGUUUCUCAAAAUGGUUCAGACCAUACACCUAUACUUCUUCAGUUGUAUAAUAAUAUAUCUGUUAAAGAUUUUUUGUUUGCGAAUAAGUUGACUAAUACCAGAAAACAGUUAUCUUUGUGGAAUAAGAACACCUUUGGUCACAUUCAAAGAACUAUCACUAAUCUGAAAGAUAAGUUGACUUCUCUUCAAAAAACUGAUUCUAAUGGGAGAAAUACUAAUAAGGUUCUUCAAAUUGAAGUUGUAAUAGCUCAAUGGGAUGAAAUUGAAUCAAGUUUUUGGAGACAACAAGGCAAAGAUAAACUUUUUGGUGAAAUGGAUAUGAAUACCAAAUAUCAUACACGAACAAAUAUGAGAAGGUCAAGAAACAGAAUUGAUAGCCUUUUAGCUCCUGAUGAUGAAGACAACACAAAACUACUUCAAAUUCCUUCAGAAGCUGAGAUAUUUGAUACUCUCAUGUCCAUGGAAGCUUGGACAUCUCCAGGACCAGAUGGUUUCCCUCCUGGAUUUUAUCAAACUCAAUGGAACACAAUUAAGGUUGACCUUAUUGAGAUGAUACAAAACUUCUUUCUAUCUGGAUUUAUUCUCAAGCAACUCAACAAAACAAGAUUUUUGUCUAAUUCCUAA